GGUCUUUCGGCCUGUUGGGUUCGCAGUCUUCCGGUUCUACCAAGUACAUUCAUUUGUUCCUGACUUCCGCUUGCAAGCGGAGAGUUUGUAAGUUACAAUCAGCGAUGAAAGAAGUGAGCGAAAGUCAGGGGUCAUGAGCGAUGUUAUUGACCGGUUGAUGCACUGGUCAUUGCCUGCUAUCCGGUCAGAGUUCGGGCAUGAUGUGACAUCGAGGAUCGCGGCAACACUGCCGCCUGGCAGUCGUGCUGAGGUGUUCCGUCUCGGAGGAGGAGGGGAUGAUUCGACGGCAGAUGCAGAUGAUUAUGGCGAACCUGAGGGUGUGGGGAGCCGUGGAGGCAAUGGCGGGUCAUUUUGUGGGUCGGAUGAUCCACUUCCACGUUGGGGGCAUGCGUCACAGCAUGGCCGUAGAUCACGCGGGCGGCCACCGGCCUGUGGCAGGUCGCGUUCGCAGUUUGAUUAUGUGCGGCUCAAUGGUGCCCUGCAAAGCGAACCUUAUCAUGAUCGGUCAGAUGUGUUGAAAACAACGCGUCGCUGGAAAGGCCUGAAAGCGCCUGAUAUCGUGUUCGUGAAGCCAGUGAAGCUUCUGCAAUUGCUCGGGUUGUUCGAUUUGUGUUGCCCACGCCACGGGGGCGGGUGUCGUGUGGAUGUGUCCUGUGUCGGUUAUCCGGGGCAGAUUUGUCGCAUUCCAUUUGCUUAUCGUAAAACCUGUCGUUGGACGUGGCACAAUGCACUGAUCACGGGAACUGUGCACUCCUGCAGACUUCAUGAGCAUUUGUUCUAUGCGUCCGUCACUGCGGGUAUGACAUAUACCGUUCUCAACAACUUCUGCAUCGUGCUUGGGGUGACACCUGUGCAUAAGCCCACUUUUUACAGUAACAUACGCGUUCAUGAGAAGGAGUUGUUGGAUGCUUUGUCAGACCGUUUUGGACCAGGGUGUUUGACGCUCAAAGAAGAACGAUUGAAGAAAAGCGACUUCGUCGCUGUUGGGUUGAGCAAAAUGUACCCGUACGGCACGACGACGAACGAGCAGUCCUUGCUCGUGGAUCCAGACGGUGUGACUGAGUUCCAUGUGCAUAAGGUGGGACAUUGGUUUCUUGGUGCUGCUGAGCUUUGCAGAGAUGAGGGCGGCGACUCUGUAACUCUGCACAAUGAUACCAUGAUGAUCGUCGAGCAUUGGGCAGGGGACCACUUGAGGUGCGUUGGGAACAGAGAGCUUUUAUGCGCAAGGGGUGGUGACCCAUGUCGAUUGCCUCUGUACACGCGCAACGAGCCUGUGCAUGACAUCAUUCGGCAGACGUUGGGCAGGUAUUGCAGCACGACCGCUUGUUCGUACUACACGGAGUUUCGUCACACGUCGACGGUUGAGACCUUCCAGGGCACGAUCAUCAUUUACGCGAAGAAGGCCUUGCACUUCGAGAAGUCGUAUGAGCCGCGUUUGGCGAUUGCAAUCAUUCGAUGGAACACUCAUGCAUGGCAGGAUCCCGUGGAGUAUCGUGCCCGCAUGCCUUCUGGGACUUCUAUUCGUCCAAGGCCGAGCUACUACCGUCACAAUCACCCACCUCAAGACUCAUGGGUGGAUCGGCUGUCGACGUUCAUCUUCGGUUGGCAUGGCGUUUCUGAUUGGGCUCAACGCCUUCUCGAGUACGACGAUUGUGAUGUGGUUGGCGAGGUUGGGUCGUCGACGCCUCCUCUGCCUCGCAAUUUUUUUUGCAGAGGCGAGGAGACCAUUGGCCGUGACGAGAACGACGUUGAUUCAGGUGCGGAUCUCGACGUUGUGGGAGGUAACAAUGUUUUUAUCAUUGGCGUCGGGGAUCAGUUACCUGGACCAGCAAAUGCCGUGUCCGAUCGAUCGUGUUAUUCUCUCUCUUACGCAGAUGAUGUCGAGUUGGUCGAUGAUUGAGAUUGUGUUAUGUCGUAGUCUUUUGUACAUGCGACUUUAACAUUUAUUGGCUUUCGAGGUGGACGUGCUGAUGCUCACUGUCUUUAUGAUCUACUUUAUUUCAUUGUGUGACCUCAUUUCACAUUCUUGUCGUCUUUUUUUUUUGUCCUCAUGCGGUUGUAUGUUCUCACAUCGUAUGUAUAUAUGUAUAUGCGAGGAGCAUGGAUGCUCGUCAGUUAUAAAAGUGUAUUAGGAAACAUGUAUGUAACACAUAUCUCAAAAAUAGCAUUGUCCCACACCAAACAUAAUGGAAUAUGCGCAUAUAACCUUUCAAAGCAAUUCAAUGAUCACAACCAUAUUGAAGAUAGAAAUUUGUAAGCUUACAAUUAUAUAGGGUCCGACAACAUUACAUGAAGGGCUAAGCGUCCUCCAAGACUUUCUUCACUGGUGUUCACUGGCGCCAGCAACCAAUAAUGAAAUGUAGUGUUAAAC